AUGGAUGUGCGGAAUAUGAUGGCCACUUUGGUUUUUACACUCUACUGUUGCGAAUCUCCUGUUAAUCAUACAUCUAUCCUAAGUCUGCUCAAAGGGGAAAUUAUGAGCAAAGGUAAACAAGUUCCAUGGCUUGGAAUGACAGGCCUUGGAGUGAUUGAUCCUUUUUGCUCUACAUAUGAUCCUUGUCAGGAAAAUGUGGCCGAGAGAACAGUCAAUCUGGUUAGAGAUCAACAACUUUCCAACUCCGAAACCCGGAUGCAAAAUGAUUUGCACAACCAUGGCGUCCCCAGCUUGGCGGAUCAAAAAAUGUAUGAACCACCAAAUCCUGAACAUGUCCACAACCAGAUUUCAGAGGUUGCUGAAUUGAUGAGGAAAAACACAUCUCCAUGUCCUUUAUCAUCGUUAGAGGUCGUCAGCAAUAGUACAAGUCAUGAGGGUGGCCGGAAAUAUUCCACGGAAGAAAUCAUAAAGCUGGCCGGAGAAAGGUACAUCCAGUUGUUCACACAAGGGGCCAAUGGUUUCAACAUGUCUAUCCACCCCUAUGAUUUUUCUCUCGCUGGUCUGUCCCUAGCAGACACGAGAGAUGUGGGCCUAGCCCACCUUCUUCUUGAUGCAGCCGAGAAAGUAGCCUACCAGCAAUUCGAUGAGGCUAACGGAUUGCUUACUCGUUGCGGGUGGAUGGCAUCGGAUACAGGUAAUCCAGUGCAGAGAAUUGUUUUUUAUUUUGUACAAGCUUUAAGAGAGAGGAUUGCUAGAGAAACAGGAAGUACCACUAAUAAGAGUGAUCACGCAAAAGAGAAAUACAUACAAAGUUUAGCAUUGGGAAGUAACCUCACGUUCUUGGCAUGCCACAAACAGCUCCCAUUCAAUCAAGUGAUGCAAUUUGCCGGAAUUCAAACAAUAAUUGAAAACGUCUCAAUGGCAACCAAAGUCCAUAUAAUUGAUAUCCACAUCCGGAGUGGAGUUCAAUGGACAGCCUUGAUGCAAUCUCUUGCAGACCGACAGAACUGGCCCUCGCUUGAGCUUCUCAAGAUAACUGCUAUUGGAAUGAUGGACAAACCCAACAUCGAGGCGACUGGCAACAGAUUGAUGAGCUUUGCCAAGUCCUUGAACUUGCAGUUUUCAUUCAAGAUAGUUUUUGUAUCAGACAUGAAAGAACUAAAGGAAGAUCUGUUUGAUAUAGAAGCUGAUGAAGUGGUUGCUGUUUACUCUCAAGUGAUACUAAGGUCAAUGAUCUCAAGCCCUGAUUGCUUGGAAAAUCUAAUGAGUGUAAUCAGAAGGAUCAAGCCAUCCAUAAUGGUGGUCAUUGAAGUGGAAGCAAACCAUAAUUCGCCUUCAUUUGUGAAUCGCUUCACAGAGACCCUUUUCUUUUACAGUGCAUAUUUUGAUUGCUUGGAAGAUUACAUGGAACGAGAUAAUCAGUAUAGAAUGACGCUUGAAGGAAUCUAUUUUCGUGAUGGGAUCCAAGACAUGGUUGCAACGGAGGGCAAGGAAAGAAUUGCCCGAAAUGUGAAGAUGAAUGUGUGGAGAGCAUUCUUUGCAAGGUUUGGAAUGGAGGAAAUUGAACUGAGCAGCUCAUCUUUGUAUCAAGCUAAUUUGGUGCUCAAGCAGUUUAAGUGUGGGAGUUCCUGUACUUUUCAUAGUAAUGGGAAGAGCCUCAUUAUUGGAUGGAAAGGAACACCACUUCAUUCUCUAUCCACUUGGAAAUUCUUGUAGUACUUAACAAGUCUGCUAAUAGGGGUUGAUGGAACAGUGCAUGUAUCUAGAAAAUAAGGCGGAGAUGUUCUAAAAGGGUCAGCUAAUACCCCUCUUAUUUGAUAAUCUUCACAGACAUGAUAGCUAGAGAAUGAAAUGAAGAAGAAUAAAGAAGAAGAAGAAGAGGAGGAGGUAGAGGAUAAAUUUAAUCUUUAUUUUCAUUACUUUCUUUGCUAUAUUGCUAG